UCAAAGAGCCCCAUAAUCUCAACCUCGACGGCUGCUCCCCUCCUCCUCGAACUCCUGCUUCCUCUAUCAACCACCACCACACCCCUCCACCACCUCACACUCAACUACAGCCCCAGCCCGUCGUCAAAAUGGCUGUCGAUCAGGAGUCUUUCGUCCAUCUCUCGCGCCCCCUUGCGCCCAACGUGCUCGGCUUCGGUGUUAGCAAUGCCCCGCUUACCGUCAACAUCCAGCCUCAGGCUGUCUUCUCCAUCAUCGACCAUGCCGUCAGACGGGACGACCGCGACACCCAGUCGACACGGGUGAUUGGUGCCCUCGUGGGUGUCCGCAGCGAGGACGGCAGCGAGGUCGAAGUGCGCUCCACCUUCGCCAUCCCCCACACCGAGAACGAGGACCAGGUCGAGGUGGACGUCGAGUACCAGAAGAACAUGCUGGCCCUGACCCUCAAGGCCAGCCCGCGCGAGACCCUGCUGGGUUGGUACACCACCUCGCACGAGCUCAACAGCUUCAGCGCCCUGAUCCAGAACUUCUUCGCCUCCCCCGAGACCGGCACCUUCCCCCACCCGGCCGUCCACCUGACCAUCGGCACCGAGGCCGGCGCGCCCAUCGAGACCAAGACGUACAUCUCCGCUCCCGUGGCCGUCAGCCCCGAGCGCGCCGCCGAGUCGUGCCUCUUCAUCGAGGUGCCCCACAAGCUCCUCUUCACCGACGCCGAGCGCGGCGCUCUUGGCUCCGUCGCCGCCGCCGCCGACGCCGAGUCGCGCUCCGCCCCCGUCGUCUCCGACAUUGAGAACCUCGCCCAGGCCCUCGAGACCGUCUCGGACCUGCUCGAGCGCGUUUCCGGCUUCGUCGGCGAGGUGCUCGACGAGGAGCGCGACGGCAACCACGCGCUCGGCCAGUACCUCAUGAACGCCCUUUCCCUGGCUCCCAAGGUGUCCAACCUGGCCAUCGAGAACGACUUCAACAACCACAUCCAGGACGUCCUCAUGGUCUCGUACCUCGCCAACACGAUCCGCACCCAGAUCGAGCUGUCCCAGCGCCUGGCCACUGCCAAGCUCGACGAGGGCAAGGAGGGCGGCGAGAAGAAGGAUGGUGAGGGCGCCGAGGGCGACAAGAAGAGCGACGGCCAGCGUGGCCAAAGGGGCCAGGGCGGCAAGCGUGGCGGUCGCGGCGGUGGUGCUGGUGGCCGCGGUGGCCGCGAGCCCAGGGAGCCCAGGGAGCCCAGGGAACCUGUGGAGUAAAGAGAACGAGUUGUGGAAAGAAAGGGAGAGAGAAGAAAAAAUGGAAAGAGGAGAAUGAAACUCGUUCCAAUUUUUUUAUCUUUUUAAUGAAAGGCCACUACACACAACCAGGCAGGGGAAAAGAAAGGUUCACACACAACAAAAGGAUCCAAUUUCUCUUA